AUGUUAUAUAAGUCACCGAUUUUGCAGAUCGCUGUGAACGAGGCACCCAUGAAGCUUGUCAGGUUUUUAAUGAAGUUGUCGAAUGAGACGGUUACUAUCGAGCUUAAAAACGGAACUAUUGUCCACGGGACAAUUACUGGCGUGGAUAUCAGCAUGAACACACACUUGAAGGCGAUCAAGAUGACUCUGAAGGGAAAGAAUCCCGUGAGUCUCGACUCGCUGAGCAUCCGUGGCAAUAAUAUUCGGUACUAUAUAUUGCCAGACUCGCUAAACCUUGACACGCUACUGAUUGACGACACUCCACGUGAGAAAGUGAAAGCGGGUGCUCCUGCAGGAAGCGGUCGUGGGCGUGGUCGAGGCCGCGGUCGCGGACGCGGACGUUCGUAA